AUGGCGACCGAACCCACCAAGUACAAGCUCAACCACUCGAUGCUUCGCGUCAAGGACCCAAAGCGGUCGGUUGAGUUCUACGAGUUUCUCGGCAUGAAGCAGAUCCAAAAGCUCGAGAACCCCGACGCAAAAUUCGACCUCUACUUCCUCGCAUACGAUAGCCCCAAGGCCGUGUCGCACGGCGCGCACUGGACCGACCGCGAGGGCAUCAUUGAGCUCACGCACAACUACGGCACCGAGAACGACCCCGACUACAAGAUCACGAACGGCAACACGGAGCCGCACAAGGGUUUUGGCCACGUUUGCGUCUCGGUGGACAACAUCCAGGCCGCGUGCCAGAGGCUGGAGGAUGCAGGCUACGGCUUUCAGAAGAAGCUGACCGAUGGACGCAUGAGGAACAUUGCCUUUGCCCUGGACCCGGACAACUACUGGGUCGAGCUGAUCCCGCAGAACCCGCUCGACAAGACCGAGGGCAUCAAGACUACGGACGUUGGAACCUACCGCAUGAACCACACAAUGAUCCGCGUCAAGGACCACGAGAAGUCGCUCGCAUUCUACCAGGACGUCAUGGGCAUGAAGCUCAAGCGCACCAGCGAGAACAAGGACGCCAAGUUCAACCUCUACUUCCUGGGCUACGGAGCGGACGCGUCGGAGCAGAGCCCCGAGGGCGUCAGCGCCGUCGCGGACCACGAGGGCCUGCUCGAGUUGACGUGGAACUACGGCACCGAGUCCGACCCUGACUUCAAGUACCACAACGGCAACGACCAGCCCCAGGGCUUCGGGCACAUCUGCGUCGCGGUCGACGACCUGGACGCGGCGUGCGCGAGGUUCGAGGAGAAGAAGGUCAACUGGAAGAAGAGGCUGACCGACGGCCGCAUGAAGAACAUUGCUUUUGUCCUUGACCCUGAUGGCUACUGGAUCGAGGUGAUCCAGAACGAGAAGCUCAAGCAGCGGGCCAACUGGUAA